UCAAGUAGCUACCACUGGUCACCGUUGCUAUAUAAACCUGUAAACCCGUAUUUUGCCCUACAAUCAAUCACUAACGUUUGAUCUGCAACUGUCGCACGUCAACAUAUAUACAACUAUCACCAUGGCAUACAUGUUUGUCGUCAUUGCCGCCACCCUCAUGGCCUCUGCCUACGGAUCACCUGUUGCGGCUCCAAUCUACCCUUCAGCUUACUCAGCAGCUCCAUCAUACUCUGCCCCAUCUUAUGCUGCUCCUUCAUAUUCAUCACCAUCGUAUGCUGCCCCUUCAUACUCAGCACCUUCUUAUGCUGCUCCUUCAUACAAACCUUCUUACAAACCAUCUUAUGGACACGAAUCUUAUGAAUCACCCAAGCCAUAUGAUUUCGAAUACGCCGUAAACGACCAAUACACUGGUGAUGUUAAAAGCCAAAAUGAAUAUGCUGAUGCCAACGGUAAUGUCAAGGGAUACUACAGCCUUGUCGAAGCCGACGGCAGCAAACGCGUUGUAGAAUACACCGCUGAUGACUACGGUUUCAACGCUGUUGUCAAGAAGGAAGGUGGAUACGCUCCAGCUUAUUCUUCCCCAUCUUACGCUGCCCCAUCAUACUCCGCACCAGCUUACAAAUCUCCAUCAUACGCUGCCCCAGCUUACAAAUCCCCAUCUUACUCCGCUCCAUCAUACUCUGCCCCAUCAUACUCCGCACCAUCUUACUCUGCCCCAGCAUACAAAUCCUCAUCUUAUGCUGCUCCAGCUUACAAAUCUCCAUUGUACGCUGCCCCAGCUUACAAAUCUCCAUCUUACUCUUCCCCCUCCUACUCUUCUCCUUCCUAUUCAGCCCCAGCUUAUCCAGCUCCAGCCUACAUUAUUGUAUUGGCUUCGGCUAUGUUAGCCGCUGCGUCUGCUGCUCCUGCUUAUCCAUCAUACGCUGCACCAGCUUAUCAAUCAUACGCUGCACCAGCUUAUCAAUCAUACGCUGCACCAUCUUAUCAAUCAUACGCUGCACCAGCUUAUCAAUCAUACGCUGCACCAGCUUACUCUGCACCAAAACCUUAUUAUCCCAAAUCUUAUGCCCCAGAACCUGCCUAUGCUCCAGCCCCAUACAACUUCGAAUACAGCGUAAAUGACCCAUACACCUACGACAUCAAGAGCCAACAAGAAUACUCCGACGGAAACGGAUACGUCAAGGGAUCAUACAGUUUGGUCGAACCUGACGGUACCACCCGCGUUGUCGAAUAUACUGCAGAUGACUACAACGGUUUCCAAGCUGAUGUUAAGAAAAUCGGUGGAUACUCUGCCGGAUACGCUGCUCCAGCAUACAAACCAUCAUACAGGCCAGCAUAUAAGCCAGCUUACUAAAUCACCAAAGUGUUCUCUUCUUUGUUUCUUUCAUUUAAAUCUCACUUCUAAUUGUGUCAAUCUUAUAUUUAUUUUUGAAUAAAUUAAAAUGUCUAUUUUGUGUUGAAA